UUCUCGCGUUCUGCGACAAAGCGAAAAAGUAAUCACUAUCUAAAGGGAAAGAAACAAAUACAACAAGUCUGCAACUCCCUCGCACCGCACCGGUCUCUCCCGAUCAAUCAGAGCUCUGAUAAAUAAGCACCCGGAAAGUGGAGAGGUAGGAAGGUAGUGCUAUGGCCUUUCCGGCGAGGUUCAACCACAAACAGCUGAGUUGGCAUCGACGGGAACGCAGUGAAAGGAUCUCCGUCUGACCUCUGAUAUAGAGUCUGCACUCCAUGGAAUACCUUUGCGUACUAAACGCCUUCGAGUCUGCCUCCUCCACCGUUUCUACCUCGAUCGCAUCCUGCUCCAGUUGUCCGUCCACAUCGUCCACGGCCAGUUCGCCCACCUCCACGGCGAGGGAAUGGCGACAGCUGCCCUGGCGGCCACUCAGAGGCUAUCCGCUUCCCAGAGACACGGACAGGCGCCGCCGAGCAUGUUCUUCCACUAGCAGCAGCUGCAGCCUGCCUUUCCGCACCACUCAGUGUCGCUUCACCAGCCACAGCAUCUGCAGCCGAGCGCCGAUCCCAACUCCUCCAACAGCCUGCUCUGGUAGCCCUGGCGCGAUCUCCAGCAGGCAGCUGCAAUGCAUCACCAGCUCUACAGGCAGCAGCAACAGCAGCAGUCGCACAAAGAGAUGCGCGUUACGUCCAAGGAGCUGCCAACCAUCAAGUGGCGUCGAGAGCGUCGCCAACGGGCUGCCGAGUACCAGGUCCACGACGGCGGCAGUGGCAUGGACAGGCCCAUUGACAUGUCUGUGACGUCGGGAUCUCUAAAGCUCCACCAGCAGCAGCUGCGAGCUUCGCCCCCGCCGCCGUACCGCGAGCCCCUGUCAGGCACUCUAUACACGGCAAACAGCCGUCCAAGCGUCGUCACCCAAGCGCCCCCCAAUCGGGAAACACUGGGAGCAGCUCACUCCUCUGACGUGGCGAUAUGCGAUAUUGACGAGCACUUCCUGGGCGAGAACUACGCCGUGCUCUUUUCCAACAAGGCGCAUCUGCAGCGUCUUCUGGCCAUGCGGAAGUUUUUCCUGUGGCUUAAGACAUUUUGAAAUUAUUCUUCAUAAAAAUAUGUUUAUAAUUUUACCUAAAUGCGAAUAACGUUAUAAUUAUAAGAAAAAGAAAGAGUUUUCUUAUGCCUCAUUAGAAAGGUAUUGGAAAAUUUGUAUUCAAGGUAAUAUACAAGCAUUAAAGAAUGAAAAUGUUGGGAAUAAAAGAUUUCCCAGAGAGUAUUCUUUCUACAAAUGAAAAGUUUAAAAUUCAAUCACGUCAACUGUGCCAUUUAAUAUCUAUAUUAUAAUCUUUAUUAAUCUCUUUAAAUGAUAUUUCCCUUGAAAAACCGCAAAAAGUCGAUUAGAUGACCCAUGAAACCGAUUACGAUUAAAGUCAUUGAGGUUGGUCUGUUAUU